UCAACGAACACUCUAACCCAAUUCUGGUUGUUCAUGAUGUGCGAAAGUUGGGUCGACCGUGCCCAGAGUUCCACCUGCGACAGAGACGCAGCGACAGACCCGCAGUUCGUGGGAUCCAAAAAGGUCCUCCUCAUCGACACUGUGGGUGACACUUUAGUCGACAAUGUGCAUUUGCCAAGGGUUAUUUGCUAGUUUGUGUGCUUGAAUGUCUGUGAACCCGCAAUUACUGUGCCACUUGAAAAGUCUGUGGGACUGGGUGUUCCAGUUAUCACAUUGCCCGAUAUUGAGUGCUGCUGAGCUGCUGCACCUGAAACAGGAGCAGAAUCUCGCAGAGCUUGUCACCGGCCUCCGGCCUCAUCAGUGAAAUCGCUGAUGAACACGCUGAGGAACGCCAGUUUGCUGCGGUAUGUUUCCAAAUGCGGGAACGCUGCGCCGCUUGUGAAAAGGAGAAGCGAAGCACGAAGGACGAGAAGGACCUCGGUGGGCGACAUAAGUCGGCGCCAAGCGACGGACGCAGGUGGACGUCCUUCUUCUUUCCGCGGAAUCAAAACAGAGCCUUGGCUGAUGGCAUCCUCAGCCUCAUGGCAGCACUCGCAUCUCUAUCCUGGCCCAUUGCCGACCCAAAAUACGUUUAUCCAUUUUCCUGUCUCACUGGAAGGCUUUCAUGAGCGGCAGGCGUUCUCCUGCCCCGUCACUCCGGUUUCAGAGCCUGGUGAGGCAGCCAUGUGGGCCGGGCCCUGUUGCAUAUCGUCACACGCCGGGCUUGACCGUCACCUGUUGCAGCUGGGCCUUCCGCAUCUGCUUCCAAAGAGCGCGCAUGACACCCGCGAGAAGUCAACGGCGGCCCCACAGGUCUUGCAGGGCAUGGAGGAUCGUGAACUGGUUCUUGACCCGUCCUUGGAUGAAGUGCAGGGCGACCUCGCCAAGGUUCUUGCAACGCAGGCGAGAUUGGUAAAUCAGAAGGAGCGAUCUCUCAAGCGGGCAGAAGAUUGGUAUCGUACCGCGGAGAUGGCUGUCGAGGAGGGUGAUGAUGAACGUGCUAAAGAAGCAUGGUCACUACGGCAGUCAGCUCUUCAAGAGGCGACUGGCUUGCAAAACCAGAUCGAUGCAAUGACAGGGAAUGUCGAAGAUGUCGAAGAGCUCUUCGAGUCAGUGAAGGCAUUGGAGGCACGCGUUGGCAGAGGGCUUCAGGAGGAGCGUAGCACAGAUAUGUGAGCGCUGUCACCUGCAUGCACAUGUGGCUGUGAUGAUCCUUUUGGCCGAGAAGAGAGAUCAGUGGACCAUCGCUGAAUAAGCCAAUGGAAUUUACCUACACAUUGUUCCCAGAGCUUUGGAGCUCGCUCGCCCAACGGUGAAGCUUCAGUGAACUUGUU